CACACACAGAGCUCUCAGCUCGGCUCAGCAGCUCUGACUACCGCAGAUGAUGCUUCAGUGCGACUUCACAUGAGAUUACUGCAGGACUGAGCAGAGUUGUGGCUCUGCAGCUGAUGGGCUUCUCUUCUUUCUAUCUUUAUCCCACUUUUAUUCGGACACUGGGAAGUUAUAAAUAGCUUAACACACACUGUUGGGAGGCAAAUUAAUGGAGCCGACUCGGAGGGGAUUUCCCUAGGCUACAUUUACACCAAUGGAUCUGCUCACAAGUUCUGAAUGGGCCAAAUUGUGUUUGGCACAUUAAUUUUCACACAUCUUUUUUGUGAAAUCAUUUUUGCAAGAACAUCAACACUUAAGAGUUUACGGUUUUUUGGGGGGGAUUUUCACUGGAAACAAAGGAUGUGCUCUAUAGUCGUGCUUCAUCAGUGGAGUCUGGCUGUGUUCUUGCUGUGCUCUCCGGUGACUCUCGAUGGGAGACCAGUUGAUGCACUUAGUAGCAGAAUGAAGAGGUCAGUAGGCCACGCCCAGCUGAUGCAUGAUAAGGGCCGCACCAUACAUGAGUACACGCGCCGCAUGUGGCUACACGAGCUGCUGGAGGAGGUGCACACGGCUGACGAUCGUGCUCCACCUGCGCAAAGCAGAACCUCGAGCCAAAGCUUCAGUGGAAACCACCAGAAGCCCUCGGGGGCCACCAAAGAUCUCUCUGACAGGUUCAGGCAGGACAGAGUGGGCCCUAACCUCCCUCAGGAGACCAACAAAGCUCAGGCUUAUAAGGAGUCACUUAAAGUUGCCACCAAGAGGAAAAAAAAGGUGAGGCUGGGCCGGCGUAGAGAAAACGAUAAGAAGAGGAGGCGAGCACGGUCUGUUCUAACAAAGGGGCCACCACGGAUGGCUAUCUAAAAGCAAAAAAUUAAAAAAACAGUACCCUUUAUGUGGUACUGCACUAAGACACUGACGCAGGCUGACUGAUGCCUGACAGACUAACGAUGCCAGACUCAGUCACUUUAUAUCUUAACCCUGAGUUUGUGCUUGUAUAUUAAUAUUUGGCUUUGUUGUUUGUAUUUUUGCUGUAAAACAAUCUCACACUUCAUUUUAGUUUCAUGAUAACACCUGCUU